CUCCAUUCCAGAACUUCUUUCUCCAUUGUAUUCUCCAUCGUUCUUUCUUUCUCUUCUGGGGACUUUGGUGUCCUAACGCGCCGUCGGCAAUGUCCAUCUAUCAUGAUUCAGAGCUCAUUGAGCAAGUGGUGACAUCCACGCCACUUCUGGACACGCAGGACUUCUACGUCGUCAAGGAUGAAAAGCAGAACCCCAUGGUGUUUUCCAUUGGCACCAAGGGUGUGCUGUACCUCAUCAAACAGGACGAAUGGGGGCGAAACCAGCUGAUCAACCUCAGCGAAAAGCUGAGUAUCCCCAUGGAGCAUCAGACCACAGCGCUUGGAGUAUAUCAGGACACCGACCUGACUUUGAACCUCGUCUUUGCCCACGGAGAGUCAAAGGGCCUGUCUCAGUUGGUCGUUUUGCGCAGACUGAAGCCCGAUGCUUUUCAAAAGGACAUAGACAAGCUCCUGGACCACGCUGUCCAGGGGCAGGACAACACCAUCCAAGGCCAGAUAUAUGGUCUUCUGAUUGGCCGAGGCUCAGAUGACGACCAUCCCCUUGCGGUAGCAAGGUUCAGAAAGGUUGAUUCUCCCGAAAACGAUAUAUGCCGCCUUGACAUCGACUACAAGGCUUCUUCCUGGUCUGUAAAGACUGAUCUUCAGAUGCCUUGCAACCCAAGAGAGAUCAUCAGCCUCUGCCCUGGUACAUUGCCUGGGGGUGGCGGGACCUUUGGAGUCUUCGUCCUGUUUAGGAUCAGCGAGGUUCUUCGACUCAGCUUUACCGGACUGGGCGGUCAGGGAGGUUACUACUCCCAUAUCAACUAUCACCUGCCAGUUCCCCCAGGUGCCUCUGAUCUUGCCACCGUCAGGACAUCGACGGGCCGGACCGAUCUUCUCGUUUCCGCGGAAAAUGGAAUCCACCGUAUUUCAGCCAGAGACUCUGUAAAAGGUUCAACGAAGUUGCCUGACACCAGUCUAGUUGCCUCAGCAGAUUGCCUCCGUGAACUGAAACAAAUUCAUGCUGCACAGUCUGGCUCGUUCGUCUCCGUCUUCACUCGCAACAAUGACGGCGUCAUUGCGUACACUCAGUUCAUGAUUAGACCUUCCUCAGAAAGCCCCGCGGUUGACGUCUUUGAGAGACACAGCGAUGCCAAUCAGGUCCUUGACGGAGGUGUACGCUUUGCUGCCUCGGUCAACGAAACCACUCAGUCCCAGCAAAUGUUCAUUCUCGGCGACGAAAACCAUCCAAAAAUGCGGGUUCUGUACCAGUCGGGUGACUCCAGUCUUUGGAAAACGGGUGACUUUUGCGUCCCAGCGAUCAAGACACAUCGAGAAGUGUUCACCUACACGACUCACAUCAAGAUCUAUCCUGGUGCUGGGGUCCGACCUCCAGCUGAUGGGCUGGGAGUUGACCUCAGUGCAUCCAGUACAUGUCUCGCAACUGUGAACGGCCGGACAAUGGAGCUUAGCCGACUGCCAGUCAAAGUCAAGGCCGAUGUGAUGGGAACCCUCACGGUGAUCCAAGAGAUUGAUGACCUGAAUGUGCCGAGCUUGCGAGUUUCGGGCGUUCCAGGAUGCGAGACGACCUACAUCGAUCCCUCUCGAAAGGUUCUGGACUUCUUUAGCAAGAUCAAGUCCGGCGAUGAUUUGCAGAAUGCCCACCUUCCAAAUGGCGAAAAGCUCUUGAACGGAGGAUCGAAGAACGUCAACAUUGAGGGAGCUGCCGCGGCCAUCAAGUCAUUAUCUUCAAAGGGUGCCAGCAUGAAACUGGAAGCGCAGUUUACAGGUACCGAGAAAGCCCAACCUGCCUCUUUAGAACAGCCUUCAGAGCAACCCAAAGUUGGAGAGGAGUCCUAUAUCAGCGGAGAGAAUCCCACUACGGGCAGUUGGGCAGUGUUUGACUGGCUCACCCGAUCUCUCGAGUCUGUGGGGGACAUCUUCGUAGACGGGUGGCAUCUUGUUGUCAAGGUUGGAAAGAAGGUUUGGAAAUUCCUUGUCGAAACAUACGAACAUGUGAUGAAAGGCCUAAGGAAGGCCCUUGAGUGGCUUGGCGAGGGUCUGAAGAAGAUAUGGAACGGAUUGAAGUUUCUCUUCGCCUGGGACGACAUCAAGGAAACCCAUAAUAUCUUCCGCGACUAUUUUGAAGGGUUCAUCGAUACUGCUGCCAAGGCGAUCAUUCUCUUUGGUGACAAGGCGGUGUCGUAUCUUGAUGAACUAGAGGAGAGUCUCAGCAAGAAUUGCAACACGACCCAGCUGCCUUCCAAAGUCGACGGUCCUGUCGAUCCAGACGGCAAUGGCCAACAAGGGAAGGAACCAAGCCAGAUGGAUAAAGCUUUCCACUCACCAGGGGGGAACUAUGCGAACCAUCAUGCCCAGCACAACCCUGAGGUCCGUCAAGCAAUGGAAUCUGCAGAAAAGAAGAUGGAGGAUGACGACCUGACCAAGAUCCUGGCAGCCCUCAAGGAUAUCGUCAAGGAGUUUGCGGAGGGCGCGGGGGAUAUCGGGUCUGCUCUAGUCUCACUCCUCGACCCGUCUCGCAAAGCAACUGCAUCCGAGAUCUUUUCGAAGCUUGGCAGUAAGCUCCUCACGAGGCUGAUUGCGAUUGCGCGCGAUUUGAUCACGCUUUUCACUCGGGUGGGAGCCAAGCUCAUCCUCAUGGUGAAGAGUGCCGCCACGGCAACCAUCGAGAUCCCUGUCAUUUCCUGGUUGUGGUCGAAGAUAUCCGACCGACCUCUGUCCUUCCUUGAUGCCAUCACCAUGUUGUUAGCUAUCCCUGGUACGAUUGCAUUCAAGCUAUACCACGGUGUGAGCCCCAAGCAGCAUCCAAGCUACAAGGAGAUCCAGGCUGCCAAAACCGAGCUGGAUGCCGAGCUCGUUGGGCAUGAGCUCAUGGCCGCUCCCCAGCUAUUCACGGUCAUGCCCACCGCUUCCGACACGAGCUAUAAUGGUGUCGCCUCAAGGGGGGCAACAGAAAACCCUGAAAAGGACCAAGGCGGCUUCGUCAAGAACAUGAUGAAGAAUAGUCUGCUCCAGAAGAUUGCGAAAUGGUUGAAGGCGCAUUCUUACAUUGUCGGUAUCAUCUGGUUUGGGUACAACUGCUACUCCAUGUACAGCGAGGCGCGGGAGUGGGUGAUGCCCAUGAAAAGUGCCUACCCGGAUUUUGGUGCCCUGAAAGAAUGGGACAAGGGCGGCGCAACAAUGUUUCUAGUGGGAAUUGCGUUGUCUUUCCCAAUCCCAGAUCCCGAUGAUCCGGCGCCCAGUUGGGGCCUCAAACUGACUGGCUGGGUGGUGUCCGUCUUUGCUGGCAUCAAGCAUUGCAGCCUUCGCAUCUUCAAGGGAAUGGUGACCAUGUUCUUCUCCGCCCUACAAUGCGUCAUCUAUGUCGGAUGUGUGACUUGGGAUCAUGUGGCCGGCUAUAGCAAGGCUGAUCCCUUUUUGAAGAUUGGCAAUACGUGUCUGACCAAGGGGCAUGACUUUUUGUCGGGCUUGGCAACGGUCCAAGUCGGGAAGAAUCCUUAUGUUAUGGGCGGAGCAUUGAUCUGUGGAGCGACCUCGACCGUGGCCGGGUCAAUCAUCUAUUCGCAACUCGCUGAAACCACGAUAGGCGACUUUGUCUUUCAAUCUUAGAGGACGGGCUGGUUACGGAAUCGGGCAUAACACAGACAGGGAGAAGUAUGAGGUCGCCGUGGACUCGGUAAGGGCGAGCUGAGCAGGGUGGUCAGCGAAAGGGGGGAAAACUGGAUCAUGAAGAGCGAGGUUAGCUGGACUGUGUGUAUCGUAUCCCCGCUGACAGAAUAUUGAGACGGA